GAGGUAUUUUGAAAUUUACCGAUAUAACAAUGUUCCUCCUAAAUUUGAUAAAGGUUUUGGUCAUGAUUGCAACAGUAGAGGCCUACUAUUAUCAACACCCAACGACAACUAUGCCACCAGUUGGACAACCGAUUUGUAAUGCAGUUGCUGACAUUGUUUUUGUGUACGAUACCAGCAAAAGUAUCAGCGACGCUAACAUUCCAAAUACCAGUACGAAUUUUGCUAAAAUGAAAGAGUUUAUGAUAAAUAUUGUGAAUGCGUUCAACCCAGUAGGACCCACUGGAGCCCAGUUUGCAGCUCUUUGUUUUUCAACUGUACCAAACAUUCAUUUCUACUUGAAUAAAUAUGGAACAAAAAAUGAAAUUCUUGCUGCCAUCAACAAUUUUACCACGGAUCCAAACGCACUUACAGCAAUUGGAGACGCUUUGCAAGUUGCGCGAACUCAGUUUUUCUUACCAUUGAAUGGAGGAGGUAGAAAUUGUUCUCAGUGUUUUGUUAUUGUGAUUACUGAUGGUACACAGACUGCUGGCGAAGCUAAUGCUGCAACAGAGGCUAAUAAAUUAAGGAAUGAAAACAACUGCAUUGUCUAUGUAGUUUCAGUAGGACUACAAAAUGAUGCUCAGUUGGCUACUAUAGCCGGGGGUCCAUCUAAUGUGUUCAAUGUAGAUAGUUUCGCUCUGUUGAAUUCCACUGUCAACGCUGUUGUUCAGGCUGCUUGUAAUGAUUCAAAAUGUACAACUGCACCUGUUAUGCCUGUUCCUCCAGUUAUGCCAGGUACCCAUGUCAACUGCUACGAAGUGAAAACCCUUCUUCAAAAACUGAUAUCUUUGAUUAACAACAAACCAAAGUAUGGGUACAGAAGGUAUGGAUCCAGAAGAUAUCAACCCAAACCAGUAUAUGUAAACAAACCAGUAUAUAUACCAAGACCAGUAUAUGAACGACCAGUAUAUCAACCAAGACCAAGAUAUCAAUACAGACGAAGUGUGAAACUUGGAUUCAGACGUAGGAGUAUGAGAUACAGGGGCUAGAAAGUGAAGAUAUACUAAGUCUAUCUACGUUAAUCCACGUCGAUAUUGAAGAAAAUCUGACAUAAUGGACAUUCAUACUUUUUGUUUUUUAAAGUUGUCAAUAAAUGUCAUAACAAA